AUGUCGGGCGCCAGGCUGGAAAGCCCUCUUCUCGCGCCAGGCUCCCCAUUCAAGCGGCGCGCCUCUCCCCCAAGAACCCCCGGCUCACCUGGCAUGUCCUUCUCCCCGGGAGGGUCACUCCCGGGACUGGGCAUGAAUCACCGCACCUUCCUUCGAGCUGUCAUCAUCUCCGCCAUCAUCAUACCGACUUUUUACGUCCUCUUUGGACAGCCGGUCACAUAUGACUCGGUGAGGGACGGCCAUCCAGGCGAGGGCGAGUGGAGCGCCGCGGAGGGAUAUGGGCGCGGAGGGGUCGCUCGACGAGUCCGGGAAUGGUCUGGCGGGAGCAAGCAGUGGCUGGGCAAAAGCGUGUCGAGGAAUGACGAUGAUGAGUACUAUGAGGAUGAGCGGCCAAGUGGUGGGGAGACCAUGCUGGAUCUAGAGGAAGAUAUGCCCGUGACGGUGUAUGAAGGCGGCGUCGCUGGAUACUCGGUGUUCACCAAUCUGUAUCUAUCGGCGGGCUCGUUGAUGUUCAUUGAGUCAGAUACGGGACUAGCCGGGAAGAAGCUACCGGGAGUACGGCAGAUCAUAAGCGGUCCGAAGCGAGGCGAGCAGAAUCCCGCGGCGGAUGAGGAUAGGUGGAGGGUUGUAGGCCACGAGAUGGCCAGUGCGGAGCUGGGCAAGCGGGCAGUAUUGAUGAACGGCGUAACGUACCUCUUUAACGACGUUCCAGGCGGAGAUGCUUGGUUCCUCGCCCAUGCGCUGCCAGGCGCGACAGUGGAGGAUGCGAACGGAUGGGAGGAUAGGUCGACUGCGGGGCUGCCUGUAGUGUUCGAGAAGGUUGUGUUGGUCGAUCGCUGGGCUGCACACUCCAAUGGUGGGGAAGUCGGCAAGUGGGGCAAGAUGAAUGCCGACGUAUCUGCCAUGAAAGCACCCCGAACAUUCUGGAACGGUAUACGGCAGAACAUCAUGCAGUCUCUAGGCGUAGACGGGGCUUCUAGCGUCGGAGCUAGGGGCUUACCCGUUGUCGUCUUCGUUGACGUACAUACUGGCACUCCGAAAGUUCAGGACGAGGACAAAAGAGCGCUCAUUGAGGCUUUGAAAGGCUUGACGGACAUUGCUGAGGUCCAUGUCACCAAGGUAUCGGCCAUGACCAAGGCAGAACGAGCGGAGCUCUUGGGCCGAGCGGAAAUCAUAAUAGGGGUCCACACGAACGAUCUAUAUGAAGCAUUAUGGAUGCCUGCUACAGAGAACUCUGCCAUUAUCGAGCUGUUCGAGGAGGGCGGAUUUGAUCGCUCGUUCGAAUUAUUAGCUACUUCUCUCAAUCACCAAUACAUCGCUAUCCAAAACGAUAAGAUUCUGGAGGAAGCAGAAUGGAGAGCCCACGGAUCCACGCGAGGCGAGCACUCCAAGGGCUAUAUACGCGUGAAUGGGGAGCUGGUCGCGAAGACCGUUCGGAGUUUACUUCGCGGACGGGCCGAUGCGGAACCAAUAACCAGCGAGUUGGACGACCUGACGGAUUUAGGGACUUAG